AUGACCAAAUUAAGAAAGUCGCCUCCCCCCGCCUACCCAGGCAAACCGACAACCACGCAAGGCUCUGCUGGCUCUCUGCAGACGGCUGUCCCCUACGAGAAUCUGCCACAAGACGCGCAGCCGCCCGUGAAUGUCAGCACGGCCGUGUUACCCAGCUCCUACAAUGAUCCUCUGCCUGACACGAACCCAUUCUCCCCCAACUUCAGACCUGGGCCAGCUGCGACCGCCACGCUACAAACAUCACCUUUCUCGCCAGUCUCGCCGAUAGCCGAGGCCAGUCCUAUUGAGCACUCCUCGCAAGCGACCAUCCAGGCUCCCAAGCCACAGAGACCUCACGGCGACCACCAAAGAUCAGUCGAUCUGCGCCGACUCGAUGGAAAGCCAUACCCCGGAUCCAAUUCUGCGGCGGAGAAGGAAAAACCAAAGGUCGUCAAGGUUGCGAAGGACAUGCACGAUGGCGCACUCCCACCAGUGUACAGGCGUCAAGCGUCUGAUCCUGUGAACCCCACGGAGGCCCCAAAUGCUCCGUCCACCUCACCCAGGUGUGCGAGAUGUGGCAACCCGAAUGGUCAAAGCAAUGGACACGGGCACGGCUGCAAUCAGUGCGGAAAACGCAGGUCCCAUGCUGCAGCAUCGAUCCCUCCGACUGUCACCCCGGCGCCCAUGCCCGCGGCGCAUGCCCGGACUGUUUCUGAGGGACAGGUGUCUCACAACUCAUCCAGACUCUCGGAAAGCACAGCAGGCCCUUCAAGCUCACCAGGGUCGUCGACGCACUCGCGGUGCUGCACAAAGUGUGGAAGAUACAAGCGGCCUGGCAUGGCACAUGGUUCGCCUGACCAGCUCCGUUCCAAUGGAUUAAGUCCUGCAACCGCACCCGUGCCUACGGCAAAUCACCCUGCAAUGAGGCCUCGUCUUUCGAUUCAACCCAAUGCCCCCGGAAACAACCUGGCCUAUCCUAGAAUUGAUGUCAUUCCUCCGUCCGCGUCGACGUACAGGGCGUCCAACUCCCACCUUUCGAGUUACCGAGACGACUCUCCUCUCGUGGCUAAAGCCCACAAGACCGAGUUCAAGUUAUUCCGCAACUCUUCUCUCGCGCGAUCGCUCUCUCGACGUCUUAGCAAGAAAGACAAGACAGCCGCAUCAGCAGCCGCCCCACUUCCAAGUCAGCAACUCGCACGCCAGAGUGGGGAACAGAGCGCUGGCACCUUGAUUAACAUGAUCAGUACCGCCAUGCAAGGACCCGGCAGCGAGCGAGACGCCCACUACACCAAGCUUUCCACGGGCACCGACCCGACAGAUCGUCCUCAAACUCCGUUUUCGUUUGUCGGUGGUAAGGACGAGGAAGACGCCUUCGAGAUGGUUGACCUCCGGGAUCGAGCCUCGAUCUACAGCCAGGACAGUCUGAAAGAAGGAGCCAAACCUCAGAUCAAUGUGACGCAAGUGGACAGCGAGUUUCAGGCCGGCGUUCCCGACCACAUUGACGUGGUUCCACGCUCCAAGGCAGUGGAACUCGACGGGCAGCACUUGUCCGUGAACAACGGGGAAAACAAACCCCCGAUCACGCGGUUCAAGAGUUUAAGACAGGGGGUCUCCAGGAUGGGUAGUGUCAGCCGCACGACCAGUCUGAAGAGACUCGGCAGUCUGAAGACUGUACAUCACGCUUGGUAUGUGGAGGGAACUGAUGGAAAUAAUGAGAAUAUUGUACCUGUCUUCUAG